CUCUAGUUUACAUCUCUCCACAAAUAACAUACUCAGAUAUUAUCUAUAAAUCAAAAAGCAGUUGUGAUCAAUCCUAGUUUUUUAAAUAGUCUGGGAAAUGCGACGCGUUUUUUCACGUAUAAAUGUUUGCGUAAUGACAUUUUUGUAGCAUCACACACUCUCUUCUUUCUUUUCCUUUUUUAAAAUAUGAGUGAUACUAAUAUCUCCAAAUUUUGUGAUAUCACAGGUGCUUCAGCAGAAAUAGCACAACAGUUUCUAGAAAUUGCAGAUAACAACUUUGAAACAGCAGUGACACUCUUUCUCGAAAACGGUGGUGGUACUACACACUCACGGCCAGUGUCUAUCCACUCUGAUAAACAAGAGCCUCUUCUGGCAGACGAGGAGCUUGCUAGACAAAUUCAAGAAAGUGAGAAUAGUCAUGAAGUAAGAGCGCCUAUUGCGCCCAAAACAGACAUUUUGGCUGGCCCAAGCAGCGACAUGUUUCACCAGCCUUCAUCUUCUUUUAUGUGGAACCCGCAAAGAGAACAAAGUCGCCCUUCUAUAUUCAACCAAGGCGAUUCCACUACUGGAUCUAUGCCAGAUUUUUUUGAGCGAUUAAAUCCAGAAGGCCCCAGUCGAUCUUCCACUGGAUCACCUGAAGGUGUUAGCCCAGUUACUUCAAAAGCCAAACGAUUAGCUGAUCUCUUUAGACCACCUUUUGAUAUCAUGUUUAAAGGCAAUUUCGAAGAGGCAAGAGAAAGUGCAAAAGAAAAAAACAAGUGGUUGAUGAUUAAUGUGCAAGAUCCAACAGAAUUUGCAUGUCAAGUGAUGAAUAGAGAUUUAUGGAGUGAUUCGUUUGUCAAGGAUAUCAUCAGAGAAUCAUUUGUUUUCUUGCAAUAUGCCAAAGACAGUGCUGAUGGCAAACGCUAUCAUACAUAUUAUUCAAUAAGUGGAUUCCCUCAUUUGGCUAUCAUUGAUGCGCGUACGGGAGAACGUGUCAAAGUCUGGGAGAAACAAUUGAGUGCUACUGACUUUAUGAUGGAUAUCACUGAAUUCUUGGAACAAAACUCUUCUACACGAGCAAUGGCGACCAUGAAAAGACCGAGAGUACAAAAGAACAUAUCCGACAUGACAGAAGAAGAACAGUUGAAUGCGGCUAUUGCAGCUUCAUUGAAUGGAAGUACUGAAUCAACUCAGUCCACAUCACCACAAACAAUGGAAGUUGACUCAAAAGAAAAAGAGAAGCAUGAGGAAGAAGUCGAAGAGAAAGCAGGGUCUGCUUUUGAUGGCAUAAAAGCAGUUGAAAGAGAGGAAACAACAGACAUGACUAAUUCAACGCGAAUUCAGUUGAGAAUGGGAGAUGGAAGUAGAAUCAUUCGACGUUUCCUAAAAUCAGAUCCUGUGCGUUAUUUGUUUGAAUUCAUCAAGGCAGAAGUGCCAGAAGCGGCCAAUCAACCAUUUGAGCUUGUCUUUAAUCGUACACAAUUGAUUGAUGUACUUGAUCAAACUAUUGAGGAAGCAGGGUUGUCUAAUGCAGCAGUAAACUGUGUAUUUAUUUAAUACUGAAAUAGUAACUACUAGCCAGAUCAGAGAAUAAAUAAACUAAUCAGUUAAUGUUGUACACAUUAUCAUUAUAAA